AUGCCUGCCAACCAUGCCUCGCAUCUGUGCCUGCCCCAACUUUUGGACAAGCUCCUUGCCCAGACUGGCUCUAUCAUCAUGGCUUUCAUCAUCAUAGCUACUUACCACGGCUCCCAUCUCUAUCUUGCUAGAGAAACAGGUCAAUCGCCCUACGAUGACCAAAAUGUUGGACUUUUCCACUUGCCCUGCUGCUUCGUCACUGUGCACCGAAUACUAAAUCCAGGACCGCCUCCGGGCCCCGAGAAGUCGUCCCACUUGCCCACACCCACACACUGA